CCCGUGAAUUAAAACAAAUAGAUGAUCUUCGUUCAUCUUUCAAGCCGUGUAUUCUUUCUCCAAGCGUGCUCUCUGUCAAUAUAGUAUUAUCGAUAUCUUCGACUCGCAGAUCAGCGAUAACGAUCCACCCUCCUCAAUUCCUAAUCCUCUUCAGACAGUAACAAAACCUCACAGUCCCUAUAUCUCAAAAGCAAAUCUCCGUUCUUUGGUCAAUGACGAUUCGUCCCUUCAAAUUUCUCUGCUCGAGUCUGGUGAUGGCGUACGCCUUGCCGAUGAUUUAUCAGCCUAUCUCGAUGCUUAAAUCGUAUCAAGACCCUCGCAAUCGUCCGUCAAUCCCAAAAUCUUGUCAAAAAUACAACAACAAAACCACAGUCAGUGUAUAUACACUGCAGCAAACUUCUAUCGCUCAAAUAAAAGAAAGUAAGCACAAGGCAGAAACGAGGGAUAUCGCUCUUAUCCACUCGGAGCCAAACGCACGCCGACUUCCGCGCUAAAGUUGUCAUCCCAACCGGCUUUUAUCGGCGCCGCACCGCUCGCUCGGUCAUCGUCAUCGUCAUCGUU